UCUGCAAAUUGAAGCAAUCUGCGUUCAGAAACUUUGGUGUUCUAAAUAGUCCAAGAUAUCAGAACCUCAUCAGUCACAACUGACAGCUUUGAAAGAGGACAUCUUUGAUCCUUCAAGCGAGGCUUCAGUGUCCCUUGAUGUUCACUCUUAAUUUUUGAGCGUUGCACUGUCACUUUUGUUAUCCAAAUACAAUUAUUGUUAUAAAUCAUAAUUGCAUUUUGUGUACAGAUAAGUGAAACAGAUAAAGAUGUAAAGAUGGCCUUAUGAUACAAAGGAUUUCUUACUUUACUUGUAUCAAAAUCACAUGUUCUCUUUCAGCCUUGAAACUGAGACUUCCAGUUGAAUAGUGUGAAAACAGUGACAUUUUCAGGCAGGCAGCACCACUAUUUUUAUUACCGUUUUGUAUAACAAAGUUUUAACCAGAUGAUUGUAAACAGUUAAAUUUUGUUCAUAGCACAGGCUUCAUGGACAUUUCCAGAUUCUCUUUGAGUCUUGUUUUCUGAAUCUGAAGUUUUAUUAUGCGUGUUUAAAUACAGUGCAAUUGAAACCUUAUUGUAAAACCUGAUUUGGGAUAAUCUCAAAUGGAUACUACGUCUUCAGUAGUUUCAUUAAGAUGGAUAAAAUGACAACUAUCAGUCUUGGUGUAUAUUCUUUGUGAAUAAUUAAUUUUUUCUGAGCAGAAUUCAUUUACAGUUUCUUUUAUUAUUAUUAUUUGCAUAGAAAUGUAGAAACAAAACCAAGAAAGUACACUUGUAAAUAUCUUUGAAAUUGGGCUAUUAGGAAUCAGCUUGUUCUUGGAAGCCUGUGUCUCUGCUCUUCUGCUCAGUUGCCUUAAAUUACUCCUAUUCAGCAAGGUUAAACUACUUAGAAGCUGAAAUCCCUACUUCAGAGUAUGGGAUAGACCUUUAUAAUAUGCUGUCCAACUAGGUAAAGCCUUUGCGAAGGGUGAGGGGAAAAAAAAAAGUCUCACUUCUGUUAUUGCUAGGCCUGAAAAUAAAGAUAUAAGACUGAAUGCUUAUUUGGUGCUUUACUGAUGUCACAAACCAUCUCCUUUGCCACCUCCUAUUUGUGAGCAAAGCUGUAAAUUACACAUGCUGUCAGUUUAAAGCUGAAGUUUUGCAGCAUCUUGUCUGUUUUAGUCUCUCAAGUUCAUCUGUGCUUUCCUGGGAAUUUAAUCCAUUUUCUAAAUAUUAAUCAAAAUUUUAGUUUUGGUUGCUAAAGUUGCAACGUGUCCCGCUCAUUUAACAAAUUAGUUUCCGAUGCUUGAGUUUCAAACUGAAAUUAAAAAAAAAAAAAAAAAAAGUUUUAAAUAAAAAUUCCAGUAGUAUUUGCAGCUUCAAGAUCAUGCUUUCUCAUCAAUUUUUAACCAGAAGGUGUUCGUUCAUCAGUACAACAAAAUACUUGUCUAUUUUGAGCUUAUUUCAACUCUGUAGAAAAUGGUUUUGGAUUUUUAUAAACCAGUUUUUAGUAUUUCCAGAGCUUUAGUAAUUUUUGCAAUGGUGCAGGAUGUAUCAUGUCAAGCAUCUUGUAGAUCCUUGGAAUUGUGAAAUAGGAAUUGUGACGUAGGCAUUCAUGCUAUAUUUCAUCCCAUCAUGUUUGGCUCUAGGUUCUCAUAAAAAGGUUGUCAUAACGAAGCAGCCAUCUUUGUGUCAAAUUUCCAUCACUUCUCUUUUGUUUUCCUGUUAUACUAAUGUAUUUCUGUGGUAGAGAGGGUCAGAAGCACAUAACAGUAGCGUUACCAUUCUUAUAUCUUUUUUGUUGGAACAUAUAUGUGAAGAGAUGGAGGUACUGUCAAAAUCUGAAGGAACCUGUGCCUUCAUUAACUGAAACAACUGAAUAGACAGACAGAUCUUUUUGUUAGUCAUCAGUAGUACCAACAAAUGUACUUGUAGCUUAGGAAAAAAAAAAAAAAAGAGAAAAUAGCUUUCUUCACAAACUAGAUUAUAAAGACUGUUUUUUCAAAUCUAGUGAACAGCAAUAUAGGCUACUAAAGCUGGAAGUGACCUCUUCCUCGAAUAGCUGGAGCUUUAAAGCUUAUCAGACUCAUUUUGCAUCAAAAAAACUUAUUUACUUCAACUGAAUUUAAUCCUGAUUUAUUUUGGGUAAGUAAGGACAGAGGAUAAAGCUAUGAUUCUUUUCUGUUCUUGCAUUUCAAGCUUAUGCUGCUAGACUAGGAGGAUUCUCCAUGUCUUGUAGUUUUUUGAGUACAGUACUGGUCUCAAACCACCUGGAGUGUUCAUCUGUAGUUCUGGUGAAUGAGAAUUUCUCUAAGCACGUUUUGUAGUAUAUGCUCAGUCUUUCAAAGUAGGUAACUCAGAGAGUAGCAGCUCCUCAUCUUUACAGGAGCUCGUACACAUUAGGAGUCUUCCUUUGAAGAGUCUACAGACUUCAGAUCUGUCAUCUAUGAAAUUCACGAAGAAAUUGUAUAUAAUUUUUCAGUACUUACAAAGUCACACCUUUCGUAAUGCAAUCAUUUGUACUUUCUGUAUUUUCUGCCAGACAUUAAGAUACAUAAUGAUAUGUAAAUGUAAAAAAAGAAAAAAGGGAAGAAAAAAAUCUAGGUUAAUGAUGCAAGAGAUCUCUUACAUCAUUUGAAAGCAGAUCAAUAGCACUUAAAUUAGGUGCAUUUUUUAUAAGAAAUUAUUUUAAAAGCAGUUACAUCUGAGUGAAACAAAUGUAUUGAUGUUUAAUCUGUUUAACUUUGAAAUUCCACUUUACUCCAAAAGAGUUCCUGUCAGAAAUUAUACCUAUCAGCAUAAUUAGGGACCAGUAAUACCUACUGAAGUUUCAAAGUAGCUUUAGCAAAGUCAUCGAAAACUAGGGUUUUGUCUUAAACCAGGUGAUCUUCAUUACACUUUGAAAUGCAAGCUGUAUGUAAAGUCACAUUUGUUGAAAAACAGAGAAACAUUUAAGUAACUGUGAGAUGAAAAGUGUUCUUUAAGCGAUUCUCAUUUUGAUGUUGUAAGUAUGAUUCAAGAAGCUACUAGCUUGGAGUCAGAUGGUGACACAGAAAUGACGCGUACCUAAUUUCAAACUGACUAAUAACUGCAAACAGGUCAGAUUUAGCUGGAAGCCACAUUCCUGGCCCCAAGUUCACCAGAAAAGAGGGGGGGGAGGGAGAGGGGAAGCUUUCUGGAAGUAGUUGUGUGCUGUUUAUAUUUCUCAAAAUGCUUAAACAUAUCUUACUGCAGUAGAAGGCUAAGUCAUAUCAGCUGAUACAUUUCUACUGUAAGUUUGGAGGAAAAUGUGUGAGAUAUGCUCCUGCAGGAAAAUGUUUCAGUUUUCUCAAACGUAAGUUCAGUGGUUUUGAGUUUUUGAUAGUCUUCUUUGCUCCAUUUGUUUUAGUAGUAUUCUGAAAAGAUUCUGUUGGUAGGGCUUACAGGCUACAAAUGCAUAGUGAGGUUCUGAUAUUCUCUUGGACUAUUGCAAAAAGGCAAAUAAAACCACUCAAACUCACAAGUACAGCCAUUUCUCAGAUCAUACAUGUUGUAAGGCUGGAGAUGGAUGUAAAGCUACAAAAAGAAUCAUUUAUCAGGUUUAUGGUAGGCUGUGGUAGGUGUGAUGACUGGUUUCAUGGCGAUUGUGUUGGACUGAGUCUUUCUCAAGCGCAGCAGAUGGGCGAAGAAGAUAAAGAAUAUGUGUGUGUGAAGUGCUGUGCUGAAGAAGAUAAAAAGGCAGAGUGUUUGGAUCAAAGUGUUCUGGAUACUCAAAUGAAAGUUGACAGUCACAAAGAAGAAAAAACAAUUGAUUAUGAAAAACCGGGGAUGUCAAAGCAAGGACCUACUUGUAAUCUGAACGUAGCAACUGAAAAAGGAAAGCAGACGGAGGACAUAGGGAAACACAAAGUCAGAAUUUUCAAACGGGAGUCUGGUGAUGGGAAGAACUUGUCAGAAUCCAGAGACUCAGAUACUAAAAAAGGCCAACAUGUUCCUACUCGUAAAGCAUCGCAAACUGCUGUAAUUCCUCGGCGGUCCUCUGAAGAAAAAGGAGAAAAAAUUAGUAAAGAGUCACUUAAUGUGGUUGAAAAGUCCACAAAAUCAGGUGUUCAUGAGAAACAAGAAAUUAGGAAAAAGAAAAUUGAGAAAGGACCAAUCAGUGCGCAUUUACCAACCGUGCCAGCUUCCAAACCUUCUGCUGAUCAGAUAAGACAUAGCGUUAAGCAAUCUCUUAAGGAAAUUCUGAUGAAAAGGUUGACAGACUCCAGUUUAAAGAUUCCUGAGGAGAGAGCAGCAAAAGUUGCCACAAGGAUUGAAAGAGAACUGUUUUCUUUUUUUCGAGACACUGACUCAAAAUAUAAGAACAAAUAUAGAAGUUUAAUGUUCAAUCUAAAAGAUCCUAAAAAUAAUAUAUUGUUCAAAAAAGUACUGAAAGGAGAGGUUACUCCAGACCAUCUAAUAAAAAUGAGCCCAGAAGAACUGGCCUCCAAAGAACUGGCUGCUUGGAGACAAAGAGAAAACAGACACACAAUUGAAAUGAUUGAGAAAGAACAGAGGGAAGUUGAAAGAAGACCUAUCACAAAAAUUACUCACAAAGGUGAAAUUGAAAUUGAAAGCGAAACACCAAUGAAAGAACAAGAAGUCAUGGAAAUUCAGGAACCUAAUAUGAUGAAGUUGCAUGAGAAGUCAGAGGAAGCUGAGAAAGAUAAAGAAGGAAAUGAAUCUGCAUCUCCAGACACCACAAGUCAACACAAAAAUCAUCUCUUUGAUCUUAACUGCAAAAUCUGCAUAGGUCGAAUGGCACCACCUACUGAUGAUGAUCUUUCUGCAAAAAAAGUGAAAGUGUCUGUUGGAGUUGCACGGAAGCAAUCAGACAAUGAAGCAGAGAGCAUUGCAGAUGCGCUUUCUUCAACAUCCUGUAUUUUAGCUUCAGAAUUACUGGAAGAUGAUAAGCAAGACUCAUCAAAAUCGCCAUUCCCGACUCUUCCAAAAUCGGAAACACCUGGUACUGUAGAAUGUGAAAGUCUGUUUCUGGCGCGCCUGAAUUUCAUCUGGAAGGGUUUCAUCAACAUGCCUUCGGUGGCAAAGUUCGUUAUCAAGGCUUAUCCAGUUUCUGGCUCUUUUGAGUAUUUAACAGAGGAUUUACCUGAUAGUAUUCAGGUAGGUGGCAGGAUAUCCCCUCACACUGUCUGGGAGUAUGUAGAAAAAAUCAAAGCCUCAGGGACCAAGGAAAUCUGCGUAGUUCGCUUUACACCUGUAACCGAAGAGGAUCAGAUAUCCUAUGCUUUGUUAUUUGCCUAUUUCAGCAGUAGAAAACGUUAUGGUGUAGCUGCCAAUAACAUGAAGCAAGUCAAAGAUUUGUAUCUCAUCCCAUUAGGUUCCUCAGAUAAAGUCCCACAUCAUCUUGUGCCUUUUGAUGGGCCUGGGAUUGAAAUUCAUCGACCAAAUUUAUUACUGGGAUUGAUAAUUCGCCAGAAAAUGAAGAGACAGAUUUCUGCUGUUACAAGUGUUACUAGUAGUUUUGCGGAUGAAGUUUCUGAAAGUACCUUGAGUAGUAUGCCACCAGAAAAGAAAAGCAAGCCAAGCAAACCUGAAGUCUCUCAUAAUGAAUUGGCACUAGAAGAAGAAGAGGAAAAUGAUUUUUUUAAUUCUUUCACAACUGUGCUGCACAAGCAGAGAAAUAAACCUCAGCCGUCUAAUAUAGAAGAUGUUCCAGCAGUUAUUGAACCGUUGGUGGAAAGUAACAAACAUGAACCACCAAAGCCUCUCAGAUUUCUUCCUGGUGUUCUAGUUGGGUGGGAGAAUCAGCCUUCUACUUUAGAGCUAGCAAAUAAACCACUGCCAGUGGAUGAUAUUCUUCAAAGCCUUUUGGGUACGACAGGGCAGGUAUGUGAACAAAGUAAGCCAGAAGCAAGUCCUGGUGAAGAUAUACCUUUAUUAAAUGAACAAGCAACCUUAAAAGAAGAAAAGAUGGAUGUUGAUGAAGUAACUGCUGAAGUUAGUGAAACAAAGGCUAGUUCAGAUGAUACACAAGAGUCUGCUAAUGCUACUGUUGGACCUGCGGAUGCAGCAGUUACAGGGUCCUCGAGUUCUACAAGAAAUACUGGAACUUCGACAGGACUUGAUCUUAAGGGAAAACCCCCUGAUGUCUCCACCGAAGCAUUUCUAGCAAAUUUAUCUGCUCAGUCACAGAAUAAAGAAACUGAAGAAAGUAAAGAAGAUGAUUCAAAGCGGCAGACACCUGACAAGGAUAAUGUCACACAGGAAGUUAGAAGGACCACAAAUUCCAGCUUUUCUUCUUCAUCAAAUGCAGGGAAAAACACUGAGAACAACACUAAUGUAAGUUCUGCUGAAGGUACUACUGCUAAUACCUCUAAAUCACCACCAUUUAUUAAUCUUAAAAGAGACCCUCGACAGGCAGCUGGGCGAAAUCAGCAGACUAAUGCUUCAGAAAACAAGGAGGGGGAUGUUAGUAAAAAUGAAGACCAACAGGUUGCUUCAGGAAAUGAUCAAAUGGAACCAGAGAAUAAACAGUCUUCUGCUGAUACAGGCUUAAACCUGUAUCCAAGUGAUGCACAAACAAAUGAGAUGCAGUAUAAUUCAACCACAACAAAAGCAGAUAAUGCAUGUGCAUCGCAAGCAGAAGAUACCAAACAGUCACAAGAAGAUGCAAUGCAAAACAUUGAGGCUCUGAACUCGUUUAGAAUAGGACCAGCAGCAACUUCAUCUCAUUUUGAAACAGAAAAUUCUUCUUGUUCUGAAUUUAUGUCCAAAGUUCCAAGCCCUGUAACAAGUGGCAGCUUCACAUCUGUUAGACCUCCACAACAGAAUUUCCAGCAUCCUAAAUCUAAUCCACCUGGAUUUCAGUUUCAAGCUCCUGCACCUCCUAACUUCCCUCCACAAAACAGCCCUAUGUUUGGAUUCCCUCCUCAUUUGCCACCUCAACUUCUUCCUCCUCCAGGCUUUGGCUUUCCUCAGAAUCCAGUGAUGCCGUGGCCACCUGUAGGUCAUUUAUCUGGUCAGCCACCACCCUAUGCUGGACCCAUUGCACAAGGGCUACCAGUGGCUCACAAACAGUCAAGAUUUGGGGGGCCAGAAAAUUUUUUUCAGAGUAAAGACAGUAGGAGACCAGAAAGGCGUCAUAGUGAUCCUUGGGGCAGACAGGAGCAGCAUUUGGAGAGAGGGUUCAGUAGAGGAAAAAACGACCAACAAAGACAAAGAUUUUAUAGUGACUCUCACCACCAAAAGAAAGAAAGACAUGAAAAAGAGUGGAACAAUGAAAAAUACUGGGAACAAGAUUCUGAAAGAAAUAGACGCAGAGACAGAAACCAGGAAAAGGAGAGAGAGAGGAAGAGUAGAGAGGAAGGACAUAGAGACAAAGAAAGAUUGCGACUUCCUCACAGUGAUAGGGGUGCUGAUGGAAAAAGCCCCAGAGAGACUAGAAACCCAGAAAAAAAGACAGAGAAGCCCAAACCUGAAGAGCAGGCUCAAGAAAAAGAUAAGGAGAGGGACAAAAGUAAAGAGAAACAUAGAGAGCGAGAAAGUGAAAAGAGCAGAGACAGACACAGGGACCACAGUGACAGAUCUAAAAGCAAAAGGUAAAAAGAUGCAGGCAGUCUUUUUAAAGUCCUAUUUAAGUAAACUAUUAGAGUUACAUCGUAAAACUUUCUAUUAAAAAAAAAAACAAACCAACAGCCUGCUAGGAUUGUGCCAUCUUUUUUAUUCAGUCUUGGUGUUUUGCAGAAACAAGUCUGUGUUUUGGUACUACUCGAUGUACCAAUACUCAUCCUUUUUUUCAUUAUACCAACUGUCGCUAGAAGUAGGAUUUAAUAUUUUUAAAAAUUUUACAUUGCUGUAUAUUCAAAAUUUUAAAGAUUUCUUUUAUUAAUAUGCAAUAAAGGCUUAGAAAUUUUCUUAGCUGAUAAAGCUGGCUUUAGUCAUGUCUGCAAUAUAGUUGCUGCCUUUGGUAAUUUGUGCUCUCUCCUGUUUUAAGAUGCUUGGAUAAUUUUAAAGAUUACUUUAAUACAAUAACCUUCUUUGUAAAUUGCACUGUUUUUAAGGACUCCAGCAAAACCUCAGAAUCCAUACAUGCUACAACAAAACAUAACAUGCUUGAUGGUGUGAAGAGUUUUUUAAAUUAUUCAGUAGUACAAUAAAGUAAUUCAAGUGUAUUUCAUUGGUUUUUCAAGUAUUUCCUAAGCAUCUAAAGCAGUCUGUGACCAGAAAUUGGAAGGCUGAGCUGCUCGAAUGUUAUUGCUUUAAACUGCACUUGUUUAAAUAAGAAAGCAUUUUUAACCUAAGUUCUUGAAAAUAUGUUUUGUAGUAGUUGAUUCAUUUUUCCGACCAUUUUCCAUGCUUCAAAAAACUUGAAUACCUGAGCUUGUACAUUACUUUGUGUUUUGCUAUCCUUUUUACUGUAAAAUGUAAAUAUUUUAAGGGAUAUUUUGAUUCUAAAAUGAUAAAACUUUCUCACAUACUGUGUGUGUUUGAUUUCAUAGGUGUGAAACUGUAGGUUGAAAGAAUCUAGCAGGCUAAGUUGCAGAAUGCAGAAAUGUAGAGAUGUAUUUCACAUUUCAUGGCUACGCUGUUCUGAGUUCUGGGGGAGCAAAGAGAGGGGAAGAAAGUAGAGGAAUGUUUGUCCCACUGGGACUUGCAGUAAAUUGAUUCCUAAUAAUGACAGCCAUCCACAGCAAAACAGAAAGCCAAAAAAGAAAACCUGAAGACAAGCUGAAAUCUCCUGCCCUUACCUUUCUCAGAAUACACCUGACAUUUUGCUGAGUCUGUUAGAAACAAACAUUCCACUAUGUAAACCAAAAAUGAGGUUUAUUGUUCUAUUUUUCAGUAUUCUGUUUUUUUUUUACUUUGAGUACAUUACCUUCUGUAUGGACAUAGCAUUUUGCACUUUGCUGUAGAAAAGCCUCUUCUUUCUGAGAAGAUCUUUAAAGUUUAACAACACACUAAUAAUAUUUGCUAAUUUUAAUGUAUUUUAAGGUAAAAUUUCCUUUCAAUAUCCUACAAGUAAGUAGCUUCACAGUCAAAUUGACUAAAAUAAAAACCUUGCACCAAAUGAAGAGGUGGCAGACUUUUAUUCAGUAAUGUUUUUCAGCCUCAUAGUUGAGAUUCUUAAACAAGAAAUCCUCUUGUGAACUAAGCAGUAGUUAACCUGUCAAGUUUUGUAUUGUGAUAAAAUGAUACUAGUUUUUCCAAAUCAAUUAAUUCCAUGAUUUAUAUAGUAGUUAGGCAUAUUAAUGUGCGUGGGUUGUGUAAAUAUUUACACCAGGGUUUUUAAUAUAUAAAAAAGUACUGAAACCCUUGUUUGGUUUUGGAAUCAGUUUUAAAUCACUAGCUCUGUUUGUCAAGAUUUCCUUCUGACCUGCCCAAAAGAGCUCUGAAAAUAAACUGUUAUCACUGAAAAUUGCCCCUAUUAGCUGAGAUGGGAAUGUUUUCUGUCACAGUUACCAGAAACAUUUUGUUUGGAAAGAAUACAUAAACGUUUUCCAGAUUUAGCUAGUGCUUUACUAUCUGCCUCUUGGAGAGCCAAAGAAGAACAUCUCUACUGGGAGAGUUUUAUUAAGAUUUUAAAUUAACAGACAGAAACAUCUGACAGAAUUUGGUCCUAGAAUCUGAGCUAUGUAAUGGGAAUAAAUCCCACUGCUGCAGGAGUAAGGGGUUGCUGCCUUCCCCACAUCUUCAGUCACUCUCUUCUAAUGUUGGUAUUUGUCAGGAGUGCUCUAGUUGUUGCUUGCUGCAUGCUGAAUUGCUGCUCGGACCACAGACAGCAGUGUGUGUUGAUGGGGAACUGGCAGUACACCAGGAACCCCAGAGUGAAUGGAAUAAAUCUGAAGACGCUCCCUUCCCCAGCAUCACAUGGCCAUAAAAGGUCCUUCUAAGAGAAAUGAAGACACGAAUCUGGAGCCAGCUCUAAUGCCAAGCAGGCUUUGAGAGCUGUUGUUAACUUGUUGGAUAGAGGGGAGAAAGCACUGCUAUAUCAGGCUGAUUGCUCAAAGGUUCAGAGCAGCGUAAAAGGAUAGGAAGAACCUCAACUGAGAUGUUUGCAAAUUCCUAUUAAAACAUCUUGUGGCAGCUCCAUUGCCUUGCCCCUCAGCUCAUCUCUGAGUCAUCCUUGACUGUUGGCAACAAGUUCCUUGCCAUCUGGUUAUGUAGAAAGUGAUGUGUGUCACCUGGUUUGCUGUGCUUGUUGUCUCUGUUCCUAACCUGCUUCACAGGAGGGAGAAAACAAAUCAGAAAUAGUUGCUUGUUCCUGAUCAGUACCCACUGUGGACUUCACUUCCGUGUAAGAAAGUGAUGGUUGAUCAUGUGCUUUUGAGCAAUAGUAAAGUUAAAAAAAAAAAAAUAGCAAUCCAGUACUAUUAUUUCUAUAUAUUUUAUUUAUACAGCAAUUCAGCAGUCAAAUGAGAAAUAUAAAUGUCAUCACAAAUUUUAUGUUUAAGCAGAUUAAGAUAUAACUUUAUUUGUUUUUAUUGGUGACUGAAGUGCAGAAUAUAACAGCUUUUUCAGAAGGAAUAAAGCUUUUGCAUUUUAUUUAUUGAAGAACUCUAUUUACUUUUGAGAUUAAAAAUUCAUGAAAAAUGUAGUCACGGAAAUUCAAUUUACAGUGGUUAAGAAUUUGUCUAGUAAAAUUUUAAAAUCUCAUUUAGAGGGAUAAAAGCCAGAAGUGUAUAGCUAAAGCAGAGCAGUUGCUUGACAAAAAAGCUGUUAGUAAGAGAAGUUACUUGUAGGCAGACUGCCAACUGUCCCACAUUCCAGCUGAGACAUUAUUCUGUGGUCAAACGUGGGAGACCCCUGGCGGAGAGAAACAGUAGACUAUUUUUAUGCCUCAGUGUACAUGAGCUUGUUCUUGUGCUCAGUAAUUAAAAUACCUUUUUUUUGCCUCUAAAAGAGAAUGGUUUUAAACAUAAUAUUUUAGCCUGAAAACAGUAUCAAGUUUUGCUUUUUUACAUAAAUGUUUAUGCAAUGGAUAGCAACUCAGAAGGUAGGAAGAGCAACUUCAUUACCUGGAAUAGAGUCUUUGUGGACUUACUAAGUAAAUACAAAUGUUAUUUUUAUAAAAUGCAGUUUAACCCCAGGUAUACGUUUUUUCCACCUACAAAUGGUAGAUGUUAAUCAUAAAACUGCAACAUUUGAAAAGAGAGGCUGUGCAUACUAAUAAAAUGUAGCUUUUUCUCCAAAACUAAGUUGUCCUUGCCUACAAACAGUACUAGAUUGACAACCACCAUCAUCCAUCUACAAAAUGAUCUC